GACUGCAACCUAAGCGCAACUGAUAGGUAGCCCAAGAAAACCCAGAAAACUUGUCCUGCUCCAUCUACAGAUAUCUGACCUAGGGCUUUUCUCAUGCUUCUUCUGCAAACACUCUCCAUACACUGAUCAUCUUCUCUAUCUUCACACUGAUUUCUCUGCAAUUUGAUCUACAAACUCACCAUGGGAAGAGACAAAAAGCGUUCUCACCGUGACGACUCUUCAUCGUCCUCCUCAAACUUCGAUCACCGCAAAAAGCACCACUCUUCAUCAACAACAGCGAACCCUCCACCAAUCUCAUCUCAACAAAGAACGGGUAAGCAUCCAACCUUCGUUUCACAUCUCGAAACCCCCAAUUUACACCCAAAAGUGAAAUUACUCUGUGAAAUCAUAGCCAACACUCAUUCCCUAAGCGUCGAGAAUGUUCUCGACGAUACUGGAAUUAGGGUUUCUCAAGAGGACGUUGAACAAGUCCUCAAAUUGUCCUAUGGGUUUCCUGGACCCGCUGUGAAGUUUUUCAGGUGGUCUGGGUUUCAACUCAAUGACAAGCAUAGCCCCUAUGCUUGGAAUUUGGUUGUUGAUUUGUUGGGAAAGAAUUGCUUGUUUGAUGCGAUGUGGGACGCUAUUAAGUCGAUGAAAAAGGGUGGGUUGAUUUCUUUGGCCACAUUUGCUUCUGUUUUUAGCAGUUAUGUUGCCGUGGAUCGCGUAGAAGAUGCUAUUAUGACAUUUGAGGUUAUGGAUCAAUAUGCUUGUCCUCCGGACAUUGUGGCAUUGAAUUCUCUUUUGAGUGCGAUCUGUAGGGACGGCAAGACGGCUAAGGCGAGGGAGUUUUUGAGGAUUGCCAAGGAUAAGAUUAGACCUGACGCGGAUACUUAUGCAAUUUUGUUGGAAGGGUGUGAGAAUGAAAGGGAUGUGGUUAGUGCUAGGCAAACCUUUUCGGAGAUGGUAGUUGAAAUGGGUUGGGACCCCAAGAAUGUGCCUGCCUAUGAUACUUUUUUGACUACUUUGCUUAAGGGUCCUGAUGGGAUGCGAGAGGUAUUGAAGUUCUUUGACACGAUGAAGGAGAGGAGGUGUUAUCCGGGGAUGAAUUUUUUAAAAGUUGCACUUGAAGAGUGCGUGAGGACAGGCGAUGCAAAGGGUGCUUGGUUGCUUUGGGAAUCAAUGGUUGGACGUAUUGGUUUUAGACCCGAUACUCCGAUGUAUAAUUCAAUGAUUGCUUUACAUUGUUAUGUUAAGGAGACUGAUGUGGCUAGACGGUUUUUGGAUGAGAUGGUUUUUCAUGGUGCUUUCCCCGACACUCAAACUUAUAAUGUCUACUUUCAGUUCUUGAUCAAGAGUAAGAAGGUACGGGAUGCUUUAGUAGUAUUUACCGAAAUGACUAAAAACGAGUGUGUCCCAAGUCAUGCAAAUUGUAGUUCAGCAGUCAAGAUGUUUAUGGAUCAUGGGGACGCUUAUAUGGCCAUCAAGGUUUGGAAAUGUAUGAUUGACAGUUACCAUUCGGACUUGGAUGAAACUGGCAAUCUGCUGGUAAUGGGGCUUCGUGAUACUAAUAGGGUUCCAGAAGCUGUUAAGUAUGCUGAGGAUAUGAUUGAUCGAGGGAUCAAGUUGAACUCUUCCACAUUGUCAAAGUUGAAACAGAGCCUUUCCAAAUUGGGGAAGGGUUAUGUAUAUGAUGAACUUUUGAGGAAGUGGAAAGCUCGAUAGGUUGGUUUUGGAGCUCAUCUCAAUCUGCUGGUAAUGGGUCUUCGUGAUACUAAUAGGGUUCCAGAAGCUAUUAAGUAUGCUGAGGAUAUGAUUGAUCGAGGGAUCAAGUUAAAUUCUCCCACAUUGUCAAAGUUGAAGUAGAGCCUUUCUAAAUUGGGGAAGGGUUAUGUAGAGAAAGUGGAAAGCUCAAUAGGUUAAUUUUGGCGCUCAUCUCAAUUGUAUGUCAACUUAUGCACUUAAUUUAGAGCUUUUUCCUUUCUAAUGUAUGGUUUGUCAGUCUUUUCUUGAGGGAAAUGUAAGAAACCAGUAGCUUUUGUUAUUUUUUGUUUGUGGAUAUGUCCACAUAAUUUGUCUUUUAUAUUUAUAGCGUAUUCCAACAACUUUGUAUAUAUAUAUAUAUGUAUUUUCUUGACAACUUUGUGACUUUGCCAUAUGACUUCCUGGUUACAGAGAUAAUUAAUGGAUAUAUGUGGAGCCAUAUUUGUACAAUGCAGAAAAUAUGGUCAGUCAUAUGAUAGUCAUGGCUGUGUAAUGUUCUUUUAAGGCAAGAACAUUAACUGUGUGAAUGUCUCCGGAGCAGCUUACAAGAAGGAUGAAGAGAUUAAACUAAGAAAGGUCAUUGAUGAUGAAUCUUCUUCUGAACUAUUGACAAUGGAGGAGGCUGUUCUUUUGUCCCGUCAAAUUUGUAGUUGGCUGUACUAGUUUUGUUUUUAUUUUAUUUCUGGAGGGUUACAUAGCUAUUCCCAUGAACCACAAAUUUUCACUCCGAUACAGAAAACAAAAGAGUUGUAAAUUAAUUAAGGUUAUCUUUGGAGUUUGCUUAAAGCUUGUGUUCAUCAAAGUGCU